AUUUUGCGUUUUGCUCUUUUGGUCGAGUUCGCAUUCUCGUUCCAAUUCUCCAAUUGCUUGCGUCUUAGCCACCUUCCUUCAAGAAAGCAAGACCAUCAGAACAGAAAACACACACACACACACACAUACACAAAAGCUCCCUUUUUCUCUUGUGGCUGUUGUUGUUGUUGUUUUCUUUCCAUCUCUAUUGUUCGAACGGUCUGCGUCGUGAUUCUUGAUUGUUUUCGGACUUUCCCCCCUUCCAACAAAAGGCGCUGCCUGCUUCCUACCCGGCUGUGAAUGACCCCACGCAACUCGUGUGAGUUGGCCCUCUUCUAUAUUUCCGCGACACGCGAGAACGGGUAACUCGAAUCCUUUUCUAGCCUCGGUGUUUUUUUUUUUAAACCUUCGAUUUUCCUUUUCAUUCUCAAUCUCUUCCUUCUUUCCCUUUCAUUCAUUCUUUUGUUUCUUUUGUUUCCUGUUAACUGUUUUUUCUCUUCUUCCCCAUUCUUUUGAUUCCCCCAUUGUCGAUUUGACUUGGUGAAUCACUUUUCUCUCUUUUUUUUUUCACGUUAGACUGCUCUCUUCUCGUUUACCCUUUUCUCUCUUUUUUUUUUUCACGUUAGACUGCUCUCUUCUCGUUUACCCUUUUUUUUUUUCAUUUUACCUACCAAAUCCUACCCUAUACCCGACGUUUCCACCAUGGUCAAGGAAGCGAAAAUCCCCAACCCGCCGAGCUACAUUGAGUUUGCGCACAUGCGCUUCCUCAUCAUGGACGCUCCCAGCGACUCCAACCUGCCCGCCUAUAUUACCGAGCUGAAAAAGCACGAGGUUUCGGAUGUUGUGCGCGUGUGCGAUCCCACCUACAACACGGAGCCGCUCACCCGCAACGACAUUACCGUCCACGACUGGCCGUUUGUCGACGGUGAAGCCCCGCCGAGCACAGUCACCGACAAUUGGCUGAACCUGGUCAACCAGCGCAUGUCUCCUGCCGUCCAGAAGGAGGGCAAGCAUCCUUGUAUUGCCGUGCACUGCGUUGCGGGCCUUGGGCGAGCACCGGUGCUUGUCGCGAUCGCCCUCAUUGAAGCAGGCUACGAGGCCGAGGACGCGAUCGAGCUUGUUCGCUCCAAGCGGAAGGGCGCCAUCAACAACAAGCAACUCUUGUUCCUCCAAAAGUAUAAGCGACGAAGCAAGACGCCUGGCAAGUGCAUCAUCUCUUGACUGAAUUUGCCGGCUCAUGCAGACAAGUUGGGUUGCACCAAUUUUAAUUUGAUUAUUUUUCAAUGCAAUAGCGAUCAUUCGUGACACCACGACGAAAAUUAUUGUAGCC